AUGAUGGUGGAAAUUAGGCAGGUACCAAAGAAGCUCCGGCUAGCCCUGGGCAGAAUGAAGGAUUAUGCAUCGAUUGGGAAGGCCAUGAUCUGCAGAUCAGUACUAGGCAUAGGCAGCAGCAGCUUGGACGAUGGUGGGUGGUUUUCAGCUGGCAUAGAAAUUGCAGUGGUUCGAGCAACAGGGCACGACAGCACACCCAUCGACGACAAGCACAUGCACGAAAUCCUCUUCCUGGUCUCAAACGCUCCAGCUGGUUCCGUCCCUUUUCUUGCCGAAAGGAUCUCCCACCGCCUUGACAAGACCCGUGAUCCCAACGUCGCCCUCAAGACGCUCAUGCUCGUCCACCGUCUCCUGCGCGGAGGGGAUCGCUAUUUCGAGCAAGACCUACGUAAUGCCCACUUCUCCGGCCAUCUCCAAAUUCAGCAGCAUUUCUUGAAUGAUGAUGAUGAUGAUCCUUCCAUCUGUUUUCUACUGAAUUACACGGCUUUUCUUGAAGAACGGAUGGGGUGGGUAAUCAACCAAGCAGGGAAGCUUGAGCCCAUAAUGUUCCAGGUAAUGGAAUAUCGUUUCUUCCAAGACAAGUCCAUCGACACCGUCUUCCGAAGGUUACCCAAAUAUCAGGCGUUCCUGGAUCGUGUUUUGGAUUGCUGCUCACCGCUGGCGCUGCUCAUCGCUUCUUCUUCUUCUUCUUCGUCGGUGGACCACCACCACCGCCUCACUCGAGCAGCCAUGAACAACAUCCUCAAAGAGACCUUCCAAGUCUACAUGAGUUUCUGUGAAGGAGUCGCAACCCUCCUCGAUUCCUUCUUCGAUUUUAAGAAUCCAGUUAGGCUCUUGGCUCUCCAACUUCUUAAGACAGCUUCUCGCCUCACCUACCAGCUCUCCGAUUUCUUCAAAAUUUGCAAGCGAUUCGUCGGCACCAAGAAUUUGGAUUAUCCAACCGUUCAUAUCAUCACAUCUGAUCACGUCUUGGCUAUGGAACCAUCAUCUUCAUCAUCAUCAUGCCCUUCACCAUCAUCAUCAUCAUCAUCUUCCUCCAUCAUGAAUGAGUACUCUUCCACUUUGUCCAAAACAACCACCACCACUAGUUCAUCAUCAUCAUCAUCAUCAUCAUCAUCUCCUUCUCCUUUUUGCGAUUAUUUCACUGAUCCUCUGAGGUCGUCGACAAAGAGAGAGACGCAAGUCACUGUCACCGUACCCAGAACCAAAAUAGGCCAAGAAGAAGAAGAAGAAGGCCUCGAAGCCACAAAACAAACAAGUACAAUUAAUAAUGGUGGCACUGGUAGUGGUGCUAGUACAUCACCAUCAUCCUCAACUCCUUUCUCUUGUAGAUUGGAGACUAAAAUAAGCAAGGUAUGGGUAGUGUUCGACGAUGAUGAAGAACCAUCCCAAAAUUUUAAUUUCUCUAUUGGACGACGGGCUGAAUCUGCCUCUUACCGCCAACCGACGAGUGAGCGGGGAAUGCAUGGAUGUGAUAAAGAUCCAACAUGGGAAAUCCUGUAA